AUGUCGAAGCGCACAGCGGACGAUCAUGGCGACCUGCCGCUCAAGGGUGGUGAGCGCCCCGAGCAGAUGGAUGUCGAUAUGGACAAGGACAUGGGCGAGUUUGAGGACGAGUUUGAAGAUGAAUUCGAGAGCGAAGACGAAAUCAUCGAGGCUGGUGUAGAUGGACGGCCAGAUGCCGAGAGAGAAGCCGAGGAGAAAGAGCAGGCUAUGGAGGUCGAUCAAGGAACCUUCAUUGUCGGACGAAGCAAGCUAGAGCCUGGCCAGACGCUGGCGCCGGACUUGACGACAUACGAAAUGUUGCACGGGCUCAACACGCCCUGGCCCUGCUUGUCCUUUGACAUUGUCAGGGACUCCCUCGGCGACAACCGCAAGGCUUACCCUCACACCAUGUACACCGUCACCGGAACACAGGCCGAGUCCUCAAAGGCUCACGAGAACGAGCUGCUGGUCGUCAAGUUCAGCGGCCUGAGCAAGAUGGAUCGCAACGGCGGCGACUCCGACUCCGAGGACGACGACGACGAGGAUGCCGAUCCCAUCCUGGAGAGCAAGUCGAUUCCUCUCAACUCAUGCACCAACCGUAUCCGCACGCACCAGAUCCCCAACCAAGACCCUUCCAAGCCUCCCACGACGCUCACAGCCACCAUGACCGAAUCAGCACACGUCUUCAUCCACGACGUCACCCCCCAUCUCACCUCGUUCGACGUCCCCGGCACCGUCAUCACGGCGCAGCAGAACAAGCCCAUCUCUACCAUCAGGGCGCACAAGUCCGAGGGCUUCGCCGUGGACUGGUCGCCGCUUGUCCCCGGCGGAAAGCUCCUCACCGGCGACAACGACGGCCUCAUCUACAUGACUUCGCGCACCGACGGAGGCGGCUGGGUCACCGACAGCAGAGCAUUCCAGGGCCACACCGGCAGUGUCGAGGAGAUCCAGUGGUCUCCCUCCGAGCAGUCCGUCUUCGCAUCCGCCUCCAGCGACGGCACGAUCCGCAUCUGGGACGUCCGCUCCAAGUCGAGGAAGCCCGCCAUCACGGUCCAAGUCUCCGACUACGACGUCAACGUCAUGUCGUGGUCAAGACACCAGACCAACCUGCUCGCCUCGGGCGCCGACGACGGAACAUGGGCCGUCUGGGACCUCCGGCAGUGGAAGGGCAACGCCAACAAGCCCCAGCCGCUGGCCAGCUUCAACUACCACAAGGAGCAGGUCUGCAGCAUCGAGUGGCACCCGACGGACGACUCCAUCGUCGCGCUGGCCUCGGCCGACAACACCGUCACGCUGUGGGAUCUCGCCGUCGAGCUGGACGACGAGGAGAGCAAGGACACGGCCGGCGUCAAGGACGUGCCGCCCCAGCUGCUCUUCGUGCACUACCUCAAGGACGUCAGGGAAGUGCACUGGCACCCGCAGAUUCCGGGCAGCUUGAUUGCCACGGGCGAGGAGUUCAGCGUGUUCCGGACCAUUAGUGUUUAA